AGAAACGGAGAAACCAGAAAAUACGAAGGUAUACCGAUACAAAGUCUAAUUCAAAUUCAAAUAAGACUCGGAUUCCUUAGUGACCACACCAUGCAUGCAUAUCAUGUCAAGUAAAGAGUACAAUAUCUGGUGGCAGAAAGUACAUUCAAUUAACUGAAAAGGGUGAAAUGGGAGAGUGUAUACAGAGGCAUUGAACUUGUGUUAAUGUCAUAGGAAAUUAGCGAACGGCACUCAACAAUCAAUAAUCAAUUAAUUAUUAAUACCUGAGGAUAAGAAUAUCUCUGAUUGUGAUCUACUAUAAUUAUCUUCAUUGAUAUCAAUGGUAACAUCUGCAUCUUUCUCAAUGCCCUAGCAGUGGACCAAUAUAUUUAUCAGUUGAUGUGAGAGGAUAGAUCAUUAUUCAUUGAGAUAUUGGGCAAGAUGGCUGUCCUCCUUCGAGUCGUCGCUUUGUUGCCUCUCUUCUUGGUUUCAACCAAUGCAUAUCAGGUCAAGAAUCCUGACAUAUCAUUCUUGGAACCUCAAGGAAUUCGAUUCGCAUAUCCCGAUGAGCCCAGUAUUACUCUAGUAGCAUUCCACUACAGUAUUAACAAACCUGUGGAGGGGGUUGCUGCUGGGGACUACAAUUAUGACGUCAAUACAAAGACAGGAGCUUACUGGGUCCAUGAAAAUACUAACGUGGUGGUUCAAAGCGGUGAUGUGGUUUAUUACUGGGUGUAUGCCCUUAAAGCUGGAGCAGGCUAUACUCUCACUGACCAAUCGUGGACUGAUGCUGAACCUUCACAGGCUCCAACAACAACCACCAAGCCACCUACCAACCCAACUUCAACCGCCUCGACCACUCUUACCACCGUGACCACUGUGAGCGACCCGCCAGUCACCAACCCCUCCGGGGAGACGGCUCCCCCCAACGGUGGAGGUGUUCCAUCACAAUGUAGCAUGUACCCAUGUGACUCAUCAUGUAACUCGUCAUCUCCACCCUGCAAUGGUCUCAUCUUCCAAGAAGAAUUUAAUUCUUUAAAUCUAGACAUCUGGGAACAUGAAAUUACAGCUGGAGGAGGAGGGAACUGGGAAUUCCAAUAUUAUACCAACAAUCGCUCAAACAGCUACGUCAAGGAUGGAAAGCUCUUCAUAAAACCGACAUUAACCGAGGAUCUUUUGGGACCUGGCUCGGUGACAAAUUCAAGAUUAGAUCUGUGGGGUGCUUCGCCUGCUAACCUUUGUACUGGAAAUGCAUGGUGGGGAUGUGACAGAACUGGAACUGCUGAUAACAUUCUGAAUCCAAUACAAUCUGCUCGCCUGCGAACUGUCGAUUCGUUCUCCUUUAAGUACGGACGACUGGAGGUGGAGGCUAAGCUACCUACUGGUGAUUGGCUGUGGCCUGCUAUUUGGCUUUUACCUACUCGUAAUGCAUAUGGAACUUGGCCUGCUUCGGGAGAAAUAGAUCUGGUUGAAAGCAGAGGUAAUGCAAAUAUGAGAUACGGUGACGAAUCAGCUGGGGUAGAUCAGAUGGGAUCGACUAUGCAUUGGGGACCAUUCUGGCCUCUCAACGGAUACCCGAAAACGCAUGCAACAAAAAAUCUCCCCGAUGGUCAAACAUUUGGAAGUGGGUUUCACAAGUACGCACUGGACUGGACUAUGGAUUCAAUGAAGUUUUACGUUGACGACGAGGAAAUACUGUCUGUAGACCCUGGCAGUGGCUUCUGGGAGUUUGGUGAAUUCGCGGAACAAGCACCGGAUAUUGGCAAUCCAUGGGAACACUCUUCAAACAAAUUCACUCCAUUUGACCAGGAGUUUUACUUGAUCCUGAACGUAGCCGUUGGAGGAGUAAAUUAUUUCGGUGACACAGCAACCUACGACCCCCCUAAACCCUGGACGAACGAUUCUCCCACUGCUUCCCGUGAUUUCUGGAACGCUAAGGAUGACUGGCUACCUACUUGGAACGGGGAAGAAGCUGCCAUGCAGGUUAACUAUGUUCGUGUGUACGCCCAGGACGGUCAGACGACCUACCACUUGCGCGACCGAUAGACCGACCGAUAUAAACCGAUCGCUCUUGCAUGACGAAAUCGAUAUUUUAAUUCGACUUCAUUCAUUUUACAUAAUCCGAUUCAUAAACAUGGAUUAUAAACCGAACGUACGACACAAAAAACAGGAAUUAAAUCGUCAAGGUUUUCCAUGGUAACGUUAAAACGAUUAAACGUCACCAAGAGCAUUGUCUCUGGUUAGUCUGUAAAAUGAAUUUGACAACAUAAUUGAAUUGUAAAUAAGACGUUUCUCAAGUCGAUUUAUGAUUUUCUCUGUAAUGGGAUGAUCGGUUUCUCACUAUCAACAUCUGUCUCUAAAAACUCUUUGAUCUUAUCAUCAAAUUAUAUGUAUUGAUGCGAGUACCCCCCCCCCCACACACACACACACAAAGAACAGUUGACCAGGGAAUUACCUGUAUGAAAAGUUCUGAAAUAUUAAACCGUUGAUCAUUGUAGAGUUCUUCUGCUACUUUCAACAUUAUUCAUACCUGAUUAAAUCAAUUCUUCAUAUAUCGGCA